UGAAAUGUGUGUCUCUUUUUUCAAUUUUAGCCCCUACGUCUCAUGCAUGUCCCCAAGCCCAGAAAGUCCUCAGCAGAGGCAGCCCCUUCUACCGUUCGAAAGAAGGCUAGGGUUAUGGAGGAGGUGAGAGACAGGGUGAGUGGUGGGGAUCCUGGAGUGCUGCUCCGGGAGGAACUGCGGAGGGUGCCACGGGACGAGCUGAGGAGCAUGCUGCACCAGCUGAAGUUCGAUCAAGUUGUCAUCCCUUCUGGUCACCAGCUGGAGGCAAAAGUAAAGAUAGGACUCAACUACAAUCAACUUGGGAAACUCAGAAGCUGGCUUAAGAUGUACAACAUCUCAAUGGAGAGUGAGCGACUGACGAGAAGGGCCGCCAGGGAGCGCCUUACUGCAUAUGACAUGCACGCAGAAACCCUACCUUUCUGUGUUAAGGGAGCGAAGAAAGAUGGGUCGGACCCCACGAAGGUGCAACUGCUUCCGUGUGCGUACAUCUCCCCAGUCGGCGCUGCCAUCUUUGACUACCUGGAGAAGUGUCAGGAGUCAGAGUGCCUUACAUGGCAUGGGGGGAAAAUCCCCCAAGAUGAGAUCUGGGUAAAGGUCGGGGGAGACCACGGGGGAGGCUCCUUCAAACUGACCUUCCAGCUGCUCAACAGGGACCAUCCAAACUCUCGGCAGAACACCGUUGUGUUCAGCAUUUUUGAGGCAAAGGACAGCCGGGAAAAUCUGAUGCUUGCCAUCGGCCGUUAUGCCCAGGAACUGGGCGAUCUGCAAGGGUCAAAGUGGAGGGCCAAGGAUGGCAAGGAGCACACGAUGCGUGUGUUUGGCACAGGAGACUAUGCCUUCCUGUGCCUUUGGUAUGGGCUGUCCGGAGCAAGUGCUGUCCACCCAUGCCUGUGGUGUGACAUCACCAAAAUGGAAAUGAACAACCCGGAGUCAGAAGAUCGGAGGCUAAGCAUCCCACCAAGAACCUUGGCAACCCUGCAGCAGCACUACCGUGACUUCAUGGAGCAGGCUAAUGGCAAGUUGUCAUUAGCCAAAAAACAUCACAAUGUCAUCGCCCCCGUGAUGUUCGCAUUGCCAGUAGACCAGGUCAUCAUACCUGGUCUACAUAUAAGCUUGGGGCUAUACCUUCGUGCCUUCAAGCUAAUGGAGACAGAUAUGCACGAGCUUGACCUAAAGCUGCAGUCGUACCUGUGUGGAGUGCUACACGAGGGGGAGGUGUCCAAGGAGGCCCUGCUGGCCGACGUCCACCUCGGAAAGUUCAGGUGCUACGUACAGGCCAUCGAACAGGCCCGGGGUCUGGACGACGAGGCUGACCGCGUGGAGGAGGAGCUCCAUGACCAGGAAAAUGAGCUGGCUUGGCUCGCCUGCUGCAACGGAACAACAGAGAAGUUAGAUGAAGCUGUCUUUGCAGAAGCUUGCUCCAUGGUAGAGGAGCUUGUGCGUCAGAAAGAUUCACUGAGGUCUAAGGCAGAAGAAAUGCGACUGAAGGCGUCCAUAAAGAAGGGGGAUGGACCCUUAACGAGCCAACUGGAUGACCUCCUACAGACCCUUCGUGUGAAGAGGCAGGCCUUCCACAGCAACUCCUUCAAUGGAAACCACGUUAACAGAAUGUUGCAGGAUGAUGCCAUAGAUGAACUAACAGGGAUGGUGGAACGUACAGUGACCAAGAUCAUGGACAAGUUUCCAGAUCUGCCGCUAUCCCUUGUGCCCAGAGCGACGUCAACGGCGGGGACAUACAAGGAGCUGUUCAGUCGUUUUGCAAGAUGUCACAAGCUCUACUCCCAUGGAGGCCCCAUGGAGGAGACUGCAGUAUGUGAGCUAGACAAAGCCAUCAAAGACUUCAUGUCAUUCUACAGAAGCAAUGUCCCCAAUGGCACCGUACCAAUAAAGAUGCACAUGCUAGAAGAUCAUGUGGUUCCCUGCAUCAGGAGGUGGGGGUUCGGGCUGGGGUUCAUGGCAGAGCAGGGAGUUGAGCAUGUCCAUGCACUGUUCAACUCCCUGGCAAGACCCACCUGUACCAUUCCCGACCCUGUGGCACGACUCAAGUCAACACUCACAAGCCAUCUGAUCGGGGUCUGCCCAACCAACACCAUAGGCUAGGCUUCCCAUGAUCUUACAUUUCAAUGAUACACAAGAAAUGCACAAGUAAAAAGUAAGAUACAAAAACAGUGCAGGUACUUCGGAGUGUUCUACAUGUAAUGUCAACUCCCCUGCCUGUAGUCACGUGAAAAAAUGUUGCAUGAACUGCAAAUUAGUACCAAUACAAUGUCAGACAGCAUGUAGACUAGUUAUUACUAGUUAGUUAGAAUUAGUGUUACUCAUUUAGUGAUUUACUGUAUAUUAUGUACUGUAUAAUGUCAAUCGGCAUGUAGUGUGAAUUAGUAUUACUCAUUCAGUGAUUUACUGUAUACUAUGUACUGUAUAAUGUCAAUCGACAUGUAGUGUGAAUCAGUAUUACUCAUUCAGUGAUUUACUGUAUACUAUGUACUGUAUAAUGUCAAUCGGCAUGUAGUGUGA